ACUCAGUAGGGUCUGCGCGGAAGCCCGGAGCCCUGUGAGAAGUUAGAGUCGAGUUGAGGUAAAUGAAUCUCUCCUCCUCCCAUUUCCUCCCCUGAUUCUAAUUUAGAAUCAAACUUGUAUUUGGUCACCGAGUUGAGUUGAGAAGUUACUUGAUGCUCGAUCUGUUUAUUGGUUGUGCUGUCUAUGCAAUAUCAGUAGUUGUAUGUUUCCCCGGGUGAAACAGAGAGGUUUUACUGUUGAUCGAUGAGUUAAUCACAAGUGUUAGUUUUCAGCUUUCACAGACAGCCAAGAUUGCGCUUUCAUUUGCCCAAAAAUCGGCUCACAGGCUUGUUGAGGACAAGUUCAUCUCACUCUUACAGUCAUGUAAGACCAUGAAGCAGCUUCACCAGAUACAAACACAUGUAACUCUCUUGGGUUUCUCCCAGAAUGACUACGUCACCCCGAAAUUAGUGGCGGCAUGUGCGGAGCUGAAGCGGAUGACUUAUGCCCAUAGAGUGUUCGAUCAAAUUCCUGAGCCAAAUUUCGCUUCGUGGAAUGCGCUGCUGAGAGGGUACGCGAAGAAUGAGGGUCACAGGGAAGUCGUGGCUUUGUUUUGUAAGAUGAAGAACAUGGAUAUAAUGCCAAAUUGUUAUACUUUUCCUGUUGUGAUCAAGUGUUGUGGGAGGCUGAGUAGGUUGGUGGAGGGUGAGGAGGUGCAUUGUGUUGUGAUAAAAUGUGGGUUUAGGGAGAAUGCAUUUGUGGGGACGACGCUGAUCGAAAUGUAUGCUGCGGGUGGAGUGAUUGGAGCUGCUUAUAAGGUGUUUGGGGAGAUGUUUGAGAGGAAUGUGGUUGCGUGGACUUCGAUGAUUAAUGGAUACAUUUCGUGUGGCGAUAUGGUUUCUGCGCAGCGUCUGUUUGAUUUGGCGCCGGAGCGGGAUAUUGUGUUGUGGAACACUAUGGUUAGUGGGUAUAUUGCGAUGGGGGAUAUGGUGACAGCUAGGAAGAUUUUUGAUAAGAUGCCGAGGCGGGAUGUUAUGUGUUGGAAUACUGUGUUGAACGGUUAUGCAAGUAAUCAGGACAUUGAGGCUUGUGAGGAUUUGUUUGAGAAGAUGCCUGAGAGGAAUGUUUUCUCUUGGAAUGGGUUGAUUGGAGGGUAUGCACGUAGUGGACGUUUUAUUGAUGUUGUGGGAUCUUUCAAGCAGAUGCUUAGUGAGGGUAAUGUGCUUCCUAAUGAUGCUACAUUAACGACUGUGUUGUCGGCUUGUGCGAGAUUAGGAGCUCUUGAUUUUGGUACGUGGGUGCAUGUAUAUGCAGAGAACAUAGGGUACAAGAAAAAUGUUUUUGUUGGGAAUGCGUUGAUUGAUAUGUAUGCAAAAUGUGGUGUUGUCGAUAAUGCAGUUGAUGUCUUCAAAAACAUGGAGAUGAAAGAUUUAAUUACUUGGAACACGAUAAUUUGUGGCUUAGCAACACAUGGACGUGGGGGUGAUGCCCUUGAGUUGUUUACUCAGAUGAAGAAUUGUAAAGUGAAACCAGAUGGAAUCACCUUCAUAGGCAUUUUGUGCUCUUGUACUCAUCUUGGAUUAGUAGAAGAUGGCAUGUCAUAUUUCCAAUCAAUGGCUAGUGACUAUUCAAUUGUGCCUCAAAUUGAGCAUUAUGGCUGUAUGGUUGAUAUGCUUGGGCGAGCUGGUCUUUUGGAACAGGCAGCGGAGUUUGUGAGGCAGAUGCCGAUAGAAGCAGAUGUUAUCAUUUGGACUGCCUUACUUGGGGCAUGUCGAAUAUACAAGAACAUUGAGUUGGCCGAGUUAUGUCUCGAACAGCUCAUUGAACUUGAACCGAAAAACCCCGCAAACUAUGUCAUGCUUUCAAAUAUAUAUGGUGAUCUUGGGAGAUGGAAAGAUCUGGCAAGACUAAAAGUUGCGAUAAGGGAUACAGGGUAUAAAAAAUUCCCUGGUAUUAGCUCUAUCGAGGCCAAUCAUGGUGUAGUUGAGUUCUGUUCCUUGGAUAAUAGGCAUCCUGAGACUGAGGAUAUAUAUGAAGCUUUGGAGGGAUUAACCAACCUGCUAAGAUCUUUUGGAUAUGUACCAGACAUUCUGGAGCUUGGGCAUGGAGACUAGUCAUAGAACCUGAAAUUAGUUCAUUUUCAUUAAUUCUAUUGGAUUGCAAGAAUCAUUAUUAUCAGAUGACCAACAAAUACAGUGUGAAUGGGUGAUUAAGCCAAGUGGAAUGUACUCUAAGCAAGUUUAUUUCACCGAUAUGGUUCACCAAUAACGGCGAUAAGAGUAUAAAUACAGAAUGUGUGACAUUUUGUGAUGCAUGAUGAAAUGAAGACAAGUAACCACUCGUAUGCAACAGAUUGAUCAAGUAGCUGAC